GGAUGGUCCUCUUCCAGUCAAGCAGCCUCUGCCAAUCUGCUUUAUAAACUGCCAAAAUGCCCAUGGAUUCUCUUCCAACAGCUAUUCUUGCUCACAUGGUGGCCAUUAACAAUGUGCCACCUCCUCCACUUCGCAGCAUACCAAGCCUAAGACUACAUACGAACAUUAAUUAUGGUCAGUUGAAUGCCUUAUGCCACAUUAGAGGACUACAGAGCACGCAUUCUUCGCUUAACUUGACAGCUCAUAAUACAUUCAUCAAGCAAUAUCCUCAAAUAUUCUUACAUAAAAAAACAACAUUGCCUAAAAUUUCCCAACAGGAAGAAAAAAGAAAAUGUAUUAGAAAAACUGAUGAAAAGAGUCUUCAACCUGAUGAGUCACACAACAUAGCUUUGUAUCUCAGACAAGCACGUGGCGGUCCUAGUAUUUAUGAAGAGCAAAGAGGUGCAAUGAAGUUUACAGAGUUCUUAGCUAUCUUAAAGAAACUGCCAAUUCACAGAACAAUCCUUGAACACAACAUUGUGUGGAGUAUGCUGAAGAAAAUUCCAGAGUUAGCCUCUCAGCUCAGUGAUAAACAUCUGAAAAUCCUCAGUAGGAAAGUCUUUUCUGAGACCUGGAUCAAAGGAAGCAAAGUGAUUGCUGAUGAUGGACUUUAUAUCAUACUGAAGGGCCAGGCGCGACCUCGUAUAAAGGUAUUAAGACGUCUGAAUGAAGAUAAUGACUCCAUCAUCUCUUCAAUAUCCAAGGAUAGCUUUGUUUUUGAUGCAGAAUUAAGAGACUCUACAGUGGCUGAGAUAUACAUGCCUUCACAGGAAUUAGUGCUGAAAAAGUGGAGUACCUUUGGCUCGCUGGAAGAUGCCUCUCAGACUAAAGCAGAUAAAACUCAAUGUUCAGUUGUGACUGAAGAUGACUGUGAAAUCCUUAAAAUUCCUGCAAAGGAGUAUGAGAAGUUAAAAUUGGAAAAAGUAAAACGUGAAAAUAUGCAAAAGUUGAAAUUAAUCCGCAAGUGUCCUUUUUAUGAAAACUGGCCUACUUUGUCCAUAUGUGAUCUAGUUUCAGUUAGUAAAUGGAAAAUUUUUCCUCCAGGUCAUGUGUUAGUGGAAAGUGGAACUGUCAUUUCAUUUGUGGGUUUUAUUAAUUCUGGGUAUUGCAACAUUUAUCGAAAUGUUGUGGGACUCGUGAGAAUACGAGUAAACAAAGUGAAAAAAGUAAAAAAACUUGUUUAUAUGGGUAAGCUUAAAGAGAAGGAGUCAUUUGGUGAGAUCAGUAUUCUUCUUCAAGAUCCUUUCUCAUGUACAAUUAUUACUGGAGGAGAAGUUGAGAUGAUGAUUAUCGAAGAUAAGGAUAUACUUGCAUUGGACUCUGUGACCAAGGAACUUAUGAUUCAAACAGCAAAACCGACUUUCAGCCAUCUGACAGAAGAAGAUGUAAACAGUGAAUAUAUACAAAAAGUAAAAGAAAAAGAAUGGAAAUAUUUCAAGACUAAGACAAUGAAAAGAACCUUGCAUUGUAAUGGAGUUCUUCCUGGCUUUGGAAAGUGGAACCACUACUGGACAACUAUUCCCAGGAAUCUCAAGGAUACUCUUGUCAGUUAUUAAAGAUAU